AUGCACACCAGUAUUAUUGUUUUCAGCGCCGCGUUUAUGGCUGCUACUAGCAUGGCAAAGCCGAUCGUCACAUUUAUGUAUUGUGAAGAACUUGUUUACCACGAGCCUUAUACUUCACUCGCCUCUGGAGUAUUUACUCCGGUUCCGUCUCCUGCUCACACGUCAAUUGUGUCUGAGCCAUUAACCAGCGUCGUAUCUGAACCGGCCACUGCCGUUGAAACCAAUGUGACCUCUGUUGUUCCUUCUGCGGAGUGUACGCAUGUUGUAUCAUCGGUUAUCCUUCCGGUGUCUACUAACGUUUUCACAUGGGUACCACCUCCCGCUUCUAGAUCGACUCUUGCCAGUGAACAGCCUAUCUUUACCAGUAUCGUCAAUUCCACCUCCACUCUUACCAGCUCUGCCGAGCUACCUUGGCCUACUUCGAACAACACUACUCAUAACUCUACCAGAAUCAUUACCAGCUCUCUCGCCAAUUAUACCGCAACCGCCUCUGCCAAUGGAACCGACUUGGAGUCUAGUACUAUCCCCAUACCUAUGGCCGCUGCCGCACGAGUUGUGAGCCUAAAAGUCAUCAGUGACAGUAUUUGCCCAUGGUGCCUUAUCGGUACCAUGGAACUGCGCAAAGCCCUUGCUCGUGCACAAGCAAAUAACCUUCCCUUGCAGAUACGUUUAGAGUACCGACCGUACCAAUUGGAUCCUACCCUCCCAGAGGACAAAGGGCUAGAUAAAGUGGAACGCUACCGUAAGAAAUUUGGAGACAGGCAGGUCUUCUUGUUGAAGAAUGUUGCCUCUCGCGCCCGGCCACUCGGCUUGAAUUUAAAUUUCAAGGGCACCGUCCGCCAAACGACUCCAUCGCAUCGCAUCCUCAUGAAGGCCUAUAAUAUAGGCGGACAGGAUGCCCAACAAGCGCUCCUGACUGAGAUACUAAGAGGUUAUCAUGAACUUGCACAAGACAUUGGUGACCCAGAUGUGCUUGGAGGUUAUGCAGAAAAGACGAAGCUUAUGAGCAAGGAAGAGGCUCUUGAGUUUUUAGCCACUGAUGAGCUCAAGAAGGAGGUUGCUGAUGCGAUCCAAGAAGCACGCGAUAUGGGAGUUACUGGUGUCCCGUUCACGGUGAUCGACAAUAAGUGGGCAAUUUCGGGCGGCCAGCCCUCGGACGUCUUUAUCAAGUAA